AUGGCGGACUCUGCUGCUGAUGCCGACACUUCCAUCCUGAAUGCAGACAAUCUGACCAAGUACAAGAUCGCGGCGACCAUCAGCCACAAAGUCCUCGAGGAAGUCACCAAAUGGCUGGCCGACGGGGAAAAGAUUGUGGAUUUGUGCAUAAAGGGAGACGCCCUUCUUGACGAAGAACUGAGCAAAGUGUACAAGGGCAAGUCGGUCAACAAGGGCAUCGCCACUCCGUGCACGAUAUCACCUAGUGCCCACGUCACUCCUUUCACACCCCUGGUCUCGGAUGCGGAGGAGGCAGCAACCACAAUCAAGGCUGGAGAAUUGAUCAAGAUCCAAUUGGGAGCACAGAUCGAUGGCUUCGGUGCGAUCGUGGGCAAUACCGUGGUCGUGCCCAAAGAAAAAGGUGCCAAGGCAGAUAUUACGGGGAGAGACGCAGACCUGCUGCUAGCCACACACUAUGCCAAUGAACUGCUGCUGAGGUUGUUGGUCCCCCCGGGGCUGCUGGCGACGGGCACAGACGAAGAGAAGAAGAAGGCUGCGGCGGAGAAACCGCCUACGCAGACCAAGAUCUCGUCGCUCGUCGACAAGAUAGCCAAAGCCUAUGACGUCCACGUUGUUCAGCAUACCACUUCCUGGCUGUUCGAGAAGAACGAGAUCGAGGGUAAGAAGAAGAUCAUCCUGUCUCCUGCCGACGGUGCCAAAGGAGAAGGUUCAGCAGAGGUCGGCGAGGUCUGGGGAGUAGAAAUGGGCAUGAGUCUGGGCUCAGGCAAGGUCAAGGAGCUAGACAAACGGUCAACCCUGCUCAGACGGACCACGACGACUUACGGCUUGAAACGGCCCAGCUCAAGGCAGGUUCUUUCAGAGAUCGUCAAGAAAUUCGGCACUUUCCCCUUCAGUCUACGGCAGUUGGACGAUGAGAGAGCCGGGAAGGUGGGUGUGGUCGAGUGCAUCAGAUCUGGCGUGCUCCGUGAGUACAAGCCAGCGGCCGAGGCAGAUGGAUCACCCGUUUCGCGGCUCUUUACUACCGUUGGUAUCACAAAGAAUGGCCUGGUCCGUCUCGCGGCCCCUCCUGCGUUGGAUCUAGAUGCUGUCAAGUCCGACAAGAAGAUCGAAGACGAGGAGAUUUUGGCGAUCCUGGAACGUCCGCUGGCCAAGUCCACCGGCUCCAAGAGCAAGAACAAGAAGAAGAAGAAGAAGCCAGCCAAGAAGGCCGCGGCAGCUGCUGAAGAGGACGACGACGAUGACGAAGACGACAGUGACGAUGAGUGA